AUGUCUGCCGCGCAACUCGACGAAACUGCUUCUCUCGCACAGGCGCACACUUUGUCGGACUCUCACCUAAAAGAUUGCAUUUCCAACAGUCCCAUCUCGUCUCCCACUGCUGCAUCGCUCUGCCGUGUGACGCAUCACCGCGAAGAGACCCCUGCCCCGCGACAGGCGACGCCGAGCUCGGCACCAUCACACAUUGAUGCCACGCCCGAUCCGAAGCCCGUAUACCUAACCAGAGUUCCGUACUGCAAGUCACCGCGAGCUCGCCCUGACGAAACGUCCAAGUACGAAAGGAAGCCACGGCGCAAGACGCGGCCUGAUCGUUACGACACCAGCCAGCAACAUCAGAAGACGAUAAACCUGUCUCGGCACGAGCGGCGCCAACGCAAGAGGGAGAAUCUUCGCUCGCGAAAGGAAAUUAUGACCAACUUUUAUUCUUCCGCCGUAGAAAAUAGGCAUGUCCUGAUGAAACCAGCCUUGGCGACUGGGGCCUUUGUAAAUGGUCGAGGCUCUGUUUCAACUCCACUGACUGACUUGACUUUCAACGAGUUGACAUUUCCAAUAAUCCAAAGGUCGGUACCUCGAGCGGCGUCGCCACAACCUCCCAACGGCGCUCGAAAACGCCCUAGCGAGCUUGAAACCAAAUCUCUAGACCAGAUUGAUAAACAUUCAAAGCGGCCUCUUGUUACUGAAGACUGUCCAGAUACCCCUACGCCACCCCCAAGACGAAGCCAUGGGGAGCGGCCAACACAAAUGCAGCUGCCGCAUGCCGAAACCGACCGUAACACAACGCCAAAGGAGGAUAUUUAUCCCAGAAAUACAACACCUCGGCCUAUAAUCAGAUACGUAGACAGCGGUGUUGAUGCAAUGAGCUCGGCCGGGGAUCUUGGGCCCGGCGACGUGACAGACGCCCGCCAUGUACAGCGCCCAUAUGCCGGACAUGGGAGCAAUGAGCAAGCAAAUUUCUUACUCGGCCAGUGGCAUUUACCCCCGCACAGGCCUCGACCCAAGCUUGACCUGGGCAGAACAUGUCCCGCUAGAUUACCUGAGUCAGCGCGUUGA